UAUAUUAAUUGCGCGACUCAUGGCAAUGACAUUGUCUAAGGUCUCUCUGCUUGUGUUGGCUCUCCUUGGUUUCUACACUCUUUGGGUCUUUCCAUACAAAAAUGGCUUGCUCAAGAUACUGGGCCAUCAGACAGAACCUGGAGCAGUCAUUCCAGGUCCCACUAUCGCACCCAUGAAGCAGACCUAUACAGGUAUUCGUCCGGUUGACAAUCAGCUGACGGUGCUGGUCAGCUUCUUCUAUACCGCGAUUGAUGGCAACCGGGCCGAUAUCUCACUCUCGUUCUUAGCACUGGGAGGUCAAGUCCUCGGUCUGUGGGUGUUGAUCAUGGUGGAAUCUCUCAGAAACGCUCACCGCGGCAUGUUCUUCUUGACCGCUACAACGUUGUUGGGUCUCGGUGUCGCCAUCAUCGGUUAUGCCUGUGUCACUCCGUUGUGGUUCAUUCUCCAUCUAUGGACAUCGCCAACAGUCGUCAGGCCCAAGGCUGAUCACCUUCUUGUCAAUAUCCCCAUCAUGCUAGCCAUCAUACCGGUCAGCAUAUCGCUUGGAUUUGGCCUCCCAUCAGUCUUGAUGACUCUACCCGCACCAAGCUUCAUCACCUUUGAGACCAAGCAGAUCUUCGCUGCCAUUCAGCAAGGAUGGGCUUUGUGGAUUGGAAUAUCUCAAUUUAGUCUCUCGACACUUGCGAUGAUAUUCGACCCAGCAGCAUCGGUGUUAGAUGAGGAAGAGAAGCGAGUGAAAACGAUCAAAUACCUGCGUGGGGUCUACCUUUUCAGUAUCCUGUCCUCUUCAGUGCCACACCUUGCAGGACUAAGCCUGUCUUUGUUAGCAUAUGCAUUUCCGGUUUUGUUCAGCCCGACGUACCUCCCGCAAUUGCAGCCUCAACAGAUCUACUGGCCAGUCAAUCCCUUCUCGUCACAGGAAGUCAGGACUCUCCCCGAGGGCGCCCUCUGGUUCUUGCAAUGGGAUUUGAUCGUAACAGUAGCAGCCAAUCUGGUUUGGGGGAUGUCGGUGGGAGCUAGUGGCAGAGAGCAACGGUCGACUAUCGCUCAGACAUUGAUUGGAUUGGGUCAAACCGUCAUAACCACUCUUGUCCUAGGACCCAGUGCUGCGGUUGCCUUUUCGCUUUGGUCUCGAGAUGAGCUGGUGUUUCGGAGUUCAACUGCGGUCGGCAAGAAGCAUCAGUAGCCAGAGCUGAAGACAGAACAAUCAUCUGGGGGAACACGGCGGUGGAAAACAAGGCAAAGAGUCAAGUGUUUUGAAAGAAGACCCUUGAUGCCGUGUAGAAUGUCUAGAUAGUUGGGACCUUUCCUCCAAGAAUCAUGAUGCUCUCUGGGCCAUU